AUGUACGUUCCACCUUUUUCACCUCGCUAUAAUGAACAGUUUGAAAAAACUACAUCUAAUUCCCACCCAAACACCUUUAACAGCGGUACGUAUACACAAGGUAUUUCAAACCAUAGGUCAUAUGCUGCAGUAGUGGCAGCAAAUGGCAAGCAGGAGCAUGACAAGAUGGAAAAGGACUUUCACAGAAGUAACAAACGUAAACAGCGUUGCUCAUCGGAGCGACUACUGCACGAUGAGUCAUUGUCGUCGGAGUCAUGCAUGUCGGAUGGCGGGGAGCGCUCAUCCGUCGCUGACGGCGUGCGCCCUGCUACUGAGGCAGCGAACAGUUCGCACCGUGGCCGCCGGCGGCGAUGCCGACGUCGCAGCGAGGACGCAAGUGAACAACACAAUAAUAUUGAGAAUGAAACAAAUACGCGCAACUGUACGGCCGAGGGAUUAGAACAUAAUAAUAUGCAGUCGAACCCGGAAAUGUUAUUUUCUAAUUGUUCAUUUAAGCCCUCAUUAAACAAAAUUAAACGGAUAAUAGUUUCUGAAAGAUAUGAUUGGUUCAAAAAGAUUAAUUUAACUGUUAGAAUUAUUUUACAAUGGUUUGUAUCGACUGUUAUUGCUAAUAUUACGGAUUUGUCUUUACUUAAGAAAAUGUUUGGCAUUACUUGUAACUCACAGAAUGGCUAG